AUGGCAAACAACAAGGUGUCUUCAGUUAACAUUGUGACCGUGGACCCGAGAUGCCGUGAAAACAAUUCGGCUCACCGCACUCGGGAGAUCGACCAAACACGGUUGAUUGUCCGUAGGGGUCAGUCCUUCUCCAUCUCAGUGCAGUGCUCCGGGGAUGUGCGUGGAUGCACUGCAGCUUUGGACCUCCAUGUUGGCAAACGAGAAGAGGAAAUGAUCAGUGUGAAGAGGGAGAGAGGCACCGACAAAGACUGGUGGUUUACCCAGCGUUACAUCUAUGAUGAACUACUGCUGACUGUGUAUAGCCCAGCGAAUGCCAUCGUCAGCCCUUAUCGUCUGGGUGUGUCACUGGUGUGCUUGUCAAGUGGACGUGUUCUCGACUCCAACAAAGUGACCAAGUUCCACCUGCUAUACAACCCAUGGUGCAAAGAUGAUGUGGUGUAUCUCCCUGAUGAGAAUCUCAUUCAAGAGUAUGUUAUGAAUGAGAAUGGAAUCCUUUACGUGGGCGAGUGGGACUCCAUCAGUACCAGACGUUGGAAUUUUGGGCAGUUUGAGGACAAAGUGAUGGACAUUUGUUUUGAAAUUCUGGACAACUCCAGGGAGGCACGGAGAGACUCAAAAAAAGACCUUAACCAAAGAUAUGACCCCGUCUAUGUCAGCAGGAUCAUCACUGCCAUGGUUAACAGCAAUCGCGACCAAGGCGUGUUGCAAGGCCGCUGGCAGGAGCCGUACGAUGGUGGAGUCGCUCCUUAUAGAUGGACCGGCAGUGUUUCUAUACUUCAAAAGUGGAGCGACAGUGGAGCUAAGCCAGUCAAAUAUGGCCAGUGCUGGGUUUUCGCUGCUGUCGCCUGCACAGUGCUGCGUUGCCUGGGAAUCCCAACACGCCAUGUUACGAACUUUGAUUCUGCACAUGACACUGACGGAAACCUCUCUUUGGACUACCUGUACAAUGAAAAACUGGAGGGUAUUAAAGGAAGCUCUGAUAGCAGCUGGAACUACCAUUGUUGGAUUGAGUCUUGGAUGAAGAGAAAUGAUCUCCCAGAGGGAAAUGACGGCUGGCAGGUUUUGGACCCAACUCCACAAGAACUAAGCGAUGGUGAUUACCGCUGUGGUCCAUGCCCUGUUAAGGCCAUCAAGGAGGGAAAUCUGAGCGUCAAGUACGAUGCACCGUUCAUAUUUGCUGAGGUGAAUGCUGAUAUCGUCUAUUGGAUGGUGAAAAGUGAUGGCAAACGUCAGAAGAUGAAAGUGAACCAGGACAGUACUGGCAGGAACAUCAGCACCAAAAGUGUUUUUGGGAAUCGCAGAGAAGAUAUCACUCUUGAGUACAAGUAUCCUGAAGGCUCCAAGAAAGAGAGAGAGGUGUACGAAAAGGCGCAACGUUCACUCAGAGAACCAUCCCCUGAGAGGCCGGAAUCAAUCAAACUGUUGUUGUCGGUCAAACCUGAACAAUUUGUGUUUGGAUCAGAGGUUAAAAUCAUUGUUGAGGUGGAGAACAGAGGGGAAAGAAAAGCUGAUGUUUGUUUGACCAUGUCAGCCACAGCAGAAACAUACAACAAUUUAAUGCUUGGGCUGUUGCAGAGGGAAACCAAGCAGAUUUCUGUGCCGGCCAACAAGGUUCACAAGGAGGUGGUGUCAGUAUGCUAUGACGACUACGUCAAAUACAUAUGUGGAAAACAAACCAUCAAGCUGACUGCGUUGCUGCAGGCCGAGGGUCUGGACAGACCCGUCAUGGCCGCGGGCAGGAUCUCACCCAUCAUGCCUAAAGUCAUUGUCCAGGUUUCUGGUAAGGCUUAUCGAAGACAACAGUCAACAUGCACCCUCUCCUUCACCAAUCCUCUCAAAGUUCCUCUGAAAGGCGGUGUUUUCACUGUGGAAGGUGCCGGCCUAUUGUGUCCCACUGAGGUUAAGGUCAACAGUGACAUUGGUCCCGGCCAAAAGGCAUUUGUCAAACUUGCCUUCAAUCCUGUGCGUCCGGGCAUCAGGAAACUCCUGGUUGACUUCUUCUCAGAUGAGCUCAAAGAUGUGAAGGGAAAUGCUACAGUGAUUGUUCGCAAGUUCAGAUACUAA